UCUUAAAUUCAACAACAUUGUUCCGACCAUGUUAGAGGUUGAGAAGCUUGGUCUGCGUCCAUACCUGGUCAACAGACUGCACCACCACCUCAAAUACACCAAGAGGAAAAUGAAUAUGCAGAUUUUACCACAACACCUCCCCAUGUUGCUGCUGCCAAGAAAACUCAAAAGAACGAUGCUUCAAAAUCUCCACCGCACAAGAAGCCUAGGAAGAUGUCAACGGCAGCAUUGCUUGUUCAGAAGUCACCAACCACAAUCCCAAAAAAUUCUACAGUUGGACAAUCAUCUAAAAAAUCUGCUUCGGUGGUAGAUAAGUCGGUUCAAUCAAAGGGAAAAGAAAAAGCUGCUCCAAGUGUCCACCGCGUUCCUGUUGACGACGUAUCUACCAGCAAAUCAGUUGACCUCACAAGUUUGAGGCAGGAACUUAAUCAAUUUAAGCAGGAAGUGCUUGCUGAAUUCAAGGAUGUUUUUACUGAGCUCAAGGAUCUUCGCAAAGUUAUUGAUGAAAACUUCGAAAAGGUUUUGGAACAUGUCAAAGGGAAACAAAAUUCAGAAAAGGGUGAUGACAGCGAAACUCAUGUUCCUUUACCUGAUGGCAACAUACAUCAAGAAGCUGAUGAUUACAUGGACCAUGGUGACGGUAUUCACAUGGAGACUGAUACGGGUGAUGUGCAUCCAACAGAGGAAAAGGGUCUUGCACCGGAUAUUCAAGUUGGUAUUGGCAAUGAGAGCGGCGAUACGCUGAAAGCUUCAACCGAAGAGAUUGCGGAAGGAGGUGAUCUUUCAGGAGAACCGAAGACUUCGGUUGAACGUCCGGCUGAUCCAACAGAGGAAAAGGGUCUUGCACCGGAUAUUCAAGUUGGUAUUGGCAAUGAGAGCGGCGAUACGAUGAAAGCUUCAACCGAAGAGAUUGCGGAAGGAGGUGAUCUUUCAGGAGAACCGAAGACUUCGGUUGAACGUCCGGCUGAUCAAACAGGGAAACAUACUGUGGAAGAGCAAAAAUGUUCUGAUGAUUCAAAUAAUUUCGAGGUGAUCGCACAGGUGCUAGCAAAUAUAGCAGAAUCAGAAAUGGCUAAUGAACAAGUUCAAGAGGAAAAAAUCGAGGAAAACACCAGCUCAACUGUCUUAGAGGAACCCCAGGCAGCAGUUUGUAACGCGCAGCCGUUGUCUCAGUGGUUGUUGCCUGAUGAGUAUUUACCAAGCCAAACCCCAGGGAAAGAAAUCAUGUUACAUCCAUCAGUCCCACGAGCUACACGCCCCAGUAAAUACAAGUCUUCACCGUUUGUGACAGAUUUUGGUAGUAGUUCGGGAAAGGAUCAUGUUCAUGUGUUUGAUAAAAAAUAUCCAUUCCAGCAAGAUCCCAUUACCGGUCCACUUGAUGUACAGAUUGUGGAUGAAUACCGUAUUUGGCUUCGAAACGGUCUGCUUGUGAGGCACGAUAGCAAGUAUGUUUUUAUCCCAGUAUUACAUACAGUGAUUCCGCAUGGUUUUUGUGAAUAAGUUGAU